UCACUUCCCCUUCCUCCCACUCCCCUUGCCCCUCACCGGCGGCCACUCCCUCUCCACCUUGCCCCGCUCACCCGGCCGCACACACGACACAUACUCGCUUAUGAGGAAGUGCGGCGCACUCGACCACAUCGACACCAAAGCGGACCGGCUGCUCACGUUGGCCGCCUGCAGAGCCCUUACCAGCUGCUGCUGGGGGUGCUGAUGGGGGGAGGCACGGUCCUUCCCUCCCCCUUUGCUGCUGCUGACCAGGAACGGGGUCCACUUCCGCAUUGACGUUACCACAAGGCCUUCGAGCAAGGCAGCUGCAAACACCUGCACCAAGACGCAGAGAGAGAGAGAGAGAGAGAUUUGGGGGAGGGAAGUCUUGUGUGUGUGUGACGGUCUGUCUCACUCUCACCUGGUAUCUGAGGUCGGAUUGUGUGUGCGUCGCGGCCAU